GCAGCUUUUCCAGAGUAGAGGGAGAGCCCCUGGAGAAGAGCCUGUGUGCAGUGGGAGUCUCUGCAGCAGCGUGUUAGCAGGAGGAUGAGAGGCGGGAAUUUGCAGCGUGGUGCCAGGCCCCAGGCACGGAAGAGGGGGAGAGCCAGGCCAGCGGACGUGUGAGCGGAGCUCCCGGCUGGAAUGCACCAGCUCAGCAAGGGAUUGUCCUCGCCGGGCCGGGCGGGUGCUGCGCCCGGAGCCUGGUGGCCGUGACAGCUGCCCGGACCAUGGCGGCCGCAGACAGCCCCUCCGCCGCCCUCCGGCGCCGCGACCUCUGCAGCCGCGGCAUCCGCCUGGCCGGCAAGAUGCGCGCGGAUGUCGUUGACCUCCUGGACGCCUACGUGGAGCAGCAGGGCCUGGACGCCUCGGCCAGCGUGGCGGCAGUGGAGGGGGUGCCGCUGGCGGCGGUGGAGCGCUGGGACGAGCAGACGGGCACGCAGCGGCUGCUGGAGAACCUGGCGGCCUACCGGGCCUUCCGCGCCCUGCUGGCCCAGAUGCUGGAGGAGCAGCGGGAGCAGCUGGGCGAGGCGGAUGCGGGCCUGGGCCGGGCGCUGGCGGCCGUCCUGCUCCAGGUCUCGGCCUUUGCCUACCACCUCGAGGAGCUGCUGCGGCUGGAGAGCCGCGGGAUCCCCGGCGAGGAGGAGGACGGGCCGCCGCCCCCGCCGCGCCUCAGCCGCUUCGAGCAGAAGCUGCGGGGCCUGGGCGUGCUGCGGGAGCUGGCCCACUGGGCCGUGAGGUCCGAGCGGCAGCUCGCCAAGCCCAGCCCGGCCUCCGGCGCGGCCCCCGGCCUGGCCGAGAGUCCCUGAAGGCGAGCACGGGGAGGGGGGUCUUGGCUGCCGCUGGGGCUCCUUGCCUACCCUCUCCGAGGGCAGCCGACAGCGAAGGAGGGGAUGUGGAGGGGAGGGACCGUGUCAUUAGUGCCCAUGCUUUUAGUGCUGCUCCUCGUGGGGAAACUGAGGCAAGGGCUGCAGUCUGUCCAUCCUCAGGGGUCCUUGGGCUCUUCCUCCUGGGCAGGUGAAUUAUCCCCCAGGAAGCAGCUUUGCUGCUCGCCCCAGGCCCUAGAGGCGUGACCAGCGGCACUGCCCUUGUCUUCGGAAUUUGGACGCUGCCUAUGGCAGGCAGAUGCUGCCUUGGGGCUCUUGCUGAUGCAGGGCAGGAGUGAAAGGACAGAAAAGCAUCACCUGGUGAAAGGACUCUUGGGAUCUGCCCCCAAGCUGCAAGGAACAAGGCUUGGCUUCCUGCACGUGGACUCUUUCUUUCUGCUCAGCUUGGUUGACUGCUCAUUGAACUUCUGCUCUAAUUGCUUGGGGGCUUUUUAGGCGGGGCGGGAGGGGGGGAGCAAUCAGGAGGGGAAUUCUUAACUGCUUGGACAUGAUAAUGGAGAGGAUUUUUUAACUGAAAGUGGAUCUUUUAGCUGUGAUUCAGAAGCCCCUCUGCAAGGGGGUUAGUGCCUGCAGGGCUUAUUUUAGGACUGGGAAUGGCAUGGGAGAAUCUAACAGCCCCAACCACAUCGUUCACCCUGUGGAGUGCUGGGAUGUUUCACGGCUUCCUGGGCCACGGCUCUCCUGCCGACUGGAUGUGCUGGCUGCUGGCUGUCGAGUGAAUAAAAGGGCUGGGAGACCUACCCGGGUGAUGUACUUCUUGGGGGAGCUGGGACAGUCAACCUCACCAGAGAGUCUGGGCUGCCCAGUUCCCACUCCAGGGAAGGGUCCAUCCCAGUGGGGUGAGUGAGAGGUUUGGGAGGUCACGGGGAAGACGAAGGAGCUGGGGAUGGUGGGAGGAUGAGGAGGAGGUGGGGGGUCACAGGGGUUGUGCCGUGUCCUGGUGAGGCCCUGCCUUCUUCCCUGUGAGAGGACAGGCAGAAUGUGGGGACCGGGGCCACCGAGCAGGGAGGAGGGUGGGGACGUGCCCGGCUGGCUCUGCACAAAGCGGCUUUGUGGUGGCAGGUUGGGACAGCAGCGGGCACAGCGCCUGCCCCAGCACCAGCAGCCUCUGCACAGGCACGGGGGCUCCGGGGGCACAAAGAGCAGCCCGAGGCUGAGCCCCCAGUGCCAUCCUGCCCACCCCACCUACCACACUGGGCUGCAGGGUUGGGGCAAGGGUGAUUUCAUGGGGUCUCUUUUUUCAUGGGCAAUGCCUGAGAGGAAGAGCGUGCACCUUCUUCAUCACCACUUGCUGCCUGCCCUCAGCUUUGCAGCUCAGACUGGAUUACUUCAAUCUUUAUGCUUCCCUGCACUUGGGAAUAACAAUUUAUGGCCAUUAUUUUUUUCAGAAUUAAUCAAAGCAAGUCCCUUUUCUGACAAGAAUUUUUCUUGCCUGCUGCUGGGUGCUUGAAGCCACUUUGCUCCUCUCCCCUUGCACCCUCCAGCUCAGCAGUGGCCGGGUGCUCACACCCUCCUCACCUUUCCAGGGGUGGGCAGGGACAUCUGGAGUGUGUCCUUGAACUUCACCAUCCGACCAGGUGGGAACAGACCUCUUUUCUCCGGCAGCACAGGCCGGGUAGGAGGUGACCUUCAGAUCCAGGGAGCCGGCCAAGGCUGCAACCCGAUACUCCCACAUCAGCUGCUGGCAGAGAGCUGAGCUCGGUGCUGCACUUGCACUCCAGGGUGAAAGCAGGAAUGGAGACCCAAGGUGGACGAUGGUGUUGCCCCAGGGAUUUCCCUGGGCUUUUGCAACCUUCCUUCCUUCUUCCCUGUUCCCUUGCCAGCUGGGUGCAUCUGCAUUUGUGGAGCAGCCACCUAACUAGAAACAAUGGGAAAAAGCAGUCCAUUACAAAGCUCCACGCUCUGGCUGAGCAAGAGGCUCCAACUCCCGGCCUUUCCCUGCCAGCCAGCCCCCACCAUGCCGUGCAGAGGCGGUGACGUCUGAGCUGGCUGGGAUUUAAUGCUAUUUUUCAGCUGCAGCCCUGAGGGAAUCACCAGUGAAGUGAUUUGGCGAGGACAGGGGCGCCCGACAGCUGAGCUCCCGUGGUGCCAGGAGGCCCUUGGAUUUGCUUUGCCACAGACUGAAGUGAAGUUGACCUGGAUGGCUGAAGGCAAAUGAAGCUGUUCAUUUUGGAAUCAGAAAUUGGGGGUUUGAGGGGAGGACAGUUGUACCCAUGUGGCCGAUGCUGCUGAGGACCCCUGCCACGGCCUCCUGCAAACUGAGAACUCACCCAAACCAUCCAGCUUUGGGAAGAGAGAAGAGAUUUGCAGUGCUGGUGGGAGCAGGGAAGUGGGGCGGGGGGGUGGAGAGAGGGCCGUACUCUCAAACUGCAGCAGGGAUGGAGGCACCAAAAGCAACCCACAGACAUGUUUAAUUUCAAAAUAAUAAAUGUUUUUUAGGGUUUAA